UCCCUAUGACGAAUUAGUCAGCCCUUGGGCCUCUUCUAUAUAUAUUCCAGUAGAAAAAGGCUAUUCCUUCAGUUUAGACUCUUGUCUCUCCGUUUUCACUCUCAAGAAAAGGAAAAUAUAAAGCAACUUCUAGAGAGAGACAAACCCUAGUUUGGUAAAUUCCGAGUAAUAUGGGAAGACCACCUUGCUGUGAUAAAAUUGGUGUUAAGAAAGGGCCAUGGACUCCUGAAGAAGACAUCAUCUUGGUUUCAUACAUUCAAGAACACGGUCCUGGAAAUUGGAGAGCUGUUCCUACCAAUACUGGUUUGCUUAGAUGCAGUAAGAGUUGCAGGCUGAGAUGGACUAAUUAUCUCCGGCCAGGGAUCAAGCGUGGUAACUUCACCGAACAUGAGGAGAAGAUGAUUAUACAUCUUCAAGGAUAUGCUAAACAAAAUUCCUUUAACAACCCUUCAAUUGGGCCAAGUUCCAGUCCUAGUGAAGGGACCAUUAGUGCCACAACACUGGAGGGAUUUGACUCGUUUAUUGGCUUUAACUCUUCCAAUUCCGAUGUUUCUCAAUCUGAGGGUGAACGCAAAUUUAUUGCUGCAAAUUUCACACCAGAAACUGGGAUUUUACAGGGGCAGAGCAAGACAAAUUUAGACAUCCAAAUGCCCCUUGCUGUGCUGGAAAACUGGCUCUUUGAUGAUGCUUCUGCACAAGGACCAGAAGGAUACCUAAUGGACAUGUCUUCGGAAGAAACUGCUGAUUUGUUUUGA